CCUCUCCACUCAAGCAGCAACUCCAAAGGCACCUCUCUCUCUCUUUCUCUCUGAUGCAACAACGCAAGCAAUGGCUUUUCCUCUCCUCUCCUUAACUAAACCCCCUUCUUCUCUCAAUCCCUCGCCGGAAUCUGACACACCCUCCGCCCACGUCCGCCGCCCACCCCUCCCCAAACCAUCCCUCCCCAAACCGCCCCCUCCAAUCACCAAAAGUCCCAGAAAUCCCCUCAGAAAUCACAAUAUUUCCUCCCAACCCCCCAACCCUCUCCUCUCCAACAAGCUCUGGCUCUCCAGCAAGCUCUCUCCUCCCCUCCCCAAACAACCCCUCCCCGUCCCCGACAUUACGGUUUCGCCCCCUGACGCCGAUCCCACCCCUCCUCCUGCCACCCCCGAAUUCCGUCAAGACGGCAAGCUCUUUGUCGGGAAUCUUCCACUCUGGAUAAAAAAGAAUGAAAUCGCUGAGUUCUUCCGCCAAUUUGGGCCAGUGAAGAAUGUGGUCCUGAUCAAGGGCCACGAUGACACCGAGAGGAAUGUUGGUUACUGUUUUGUUUUGUAUGGCGGGCCCACUGCUGUGAGCUCGGCUGCAAAGGCGGUUGAGUUCGAUGGCGUGGAGUUCCAUGGCCGGGUGCUGACAGUGAGGUUGGAUGAUGGGAGGAGAUUGAAGACGCGGGCAGAGGAAAGGUCGAGGUGGGUUGCGGGGGAGACUGGGCCAGAGAGGGAUUUCAGGUCGAAGUGGCAUGAGGAGAGGGAAGCGUCCUGCAAGGGGUUCCGGAAAGUUCUAGAAACUGAGCCGGAGAAUUGGCAGGCGGUUGUGUCAGCAUUCCAAAGAAUUAAGAAGCCUUCUAGAGGAGAGUUUGGGUUGAUGGUGAAGUACUAUGCCAGGCGGGGGGAUAAGCAUAAUGCACGUGCAACUUUUGAGAGCAUGCGAGCAAGGGGAAUUGAACCGAGUUCAUAUGUGUAUACGAACCUUGUUAACGCUUAUGCAGUUGCUAGAGAUAUGCGUGGUGCAUUGUCUUGUGUGGAAGAAAUGAAGGAUGAGGGCAUUGAGAUGACUGUCGUGACAUAUAGUGUUCUCAUCAAAGGCUUUACCAAUAUUGGAGAUGCUGAAGCUGCAGAUAAGUGGUUUAGGGAGGCAAAGCUGAAGCUGGCAUCCUUGAAUGCUAUCAUUUAUAGUUGUGUGAUCUAUGCUCAUUGCCAAAUUGGGAAUAUGGAUCGAGCUGAGGAAUUGGUAAGGGAGAUGGAAGGAGGAGGAAUUGAUGCUCCCAUUAACUUAUAUCAUACUAUGAUGGAUGGUUACACAGAAAUCCGGAAUGUGGAGAAAUGUUUGAUUGUUUUUGAAAGGCUCAAGGAAUGUGGUUUUACACCUUCAGUAAUCACCUAUGGAUGUCUUAUCAACCUAUAUACAAAGAUGGGGAAGGUUUCCAAAGCAUUAGAGAUUAGCAAAUCAAUGGAAGCAUGUGGCAUAAAACAUAACAGCAAGACAUACUCAAUGUUGAUCAGUGGCUAUGUGAAACAAAAUGAUUUUGCAAAUGCGUUUGCCAUUUUUGAGGAUAUGCUAAAAGCGGGUUUGAAGCCUGAUGCUGUACUAUAUAAUAACAUUAUCGAUGCAUUUUGUAAGAUGGGCAACAUGGAUCGAGCAAUUCGUAUUGUUGAUGAAAUGCAGAGGGAGAAGCAUAGGCCUUCAUCUAGAACAUUUACUCCAAUCAUACGUGGUUUAGCAAAACUUGGAGACAUGAAAAGAGCUUUAGAGAUUGUCAAUAUGAUGCGGCAGAGUGGAUGCAUUCCCACUGUGGAGACCUUCAAUGUUCUCAUCCGUGGCCUUAUUGGAAAGCGACAGAUGGAGAAGGCUGUUCAAGUAAUUAACGAAAUGGUACUGGCUGGCAUUACUCCCAAUGAAUGUACAUACACAACAAUCAUGCAAGGUUAUGCGUCUCUAGGUGACACUGGCAAAGCUUUCGAGUAUUUUACAAAAAUUAAAGAUGAAGGGCUGAAGCUUGAUGUGUUCACCUAUGAGGCAUUGCUCAAGGCUUGUUGCAAGUCAGGCCGGAUGCAAAGCGCUUUGGCAGUCACACGGGAAAUGAGUGCACAAAAUAUUCCAAGAGAUACGUUCGUCUAUAACAUAUUAAUUGACGGAUGGGCUCGAAGAGGUGAUGUAUGGGAGGCUGCUGACCUGAUGCAACAGAUGAAGCAAGAUGGGGUUCUUCCAACCAUCCAUACAUACACGUCAUUCAUAAAUGCGUGUUGCAAAGCUGGAGAUAUGCUGAGAGCAACAAGGGCGAUUGAAGAAAUGGAAACUACAGGAAUGAAGCCUAAUGUAAAAACAUAUACAACAUUGAUACAUGGGUGGGCUCGCGCAUCACUUCCGGAGAAGGCCCUUAGGUGCUUCGAAGAAAUGAAGCUGGCUGGAUUGGAGCCAGACAAAGCCGUAUACCAUUGCCUGAUGACAUCGUUACUGUCUAGGGCUACCGUUUCUGAAGACUAUAUUUACUCAGGGAUCUUGGCAAUCUGUAGAGAAAUGAUAGAACUAGGGUUAACUGUCGACAUGGGAACUGCAGUUCAUUGGUCUAAGUGCUUAUGCAAGAUUGAGAGAACGGGCGGGGAACUUACUGAAGCCUUGCAGAAGACCUUCCCCCCUGCCUGGAAUUCACAUGAAAUUCUGGAUGCGAAUUCCAACCAAACCGACCAUGAUGAUGCUGAUACUGAUCAUGAUGUUGAGUAUAGUUAUCGCGGUGAUGAUUAUGAAGAAGCCGACGAUGACGACGAAGACAUUGAUGGUACUCAAGUUGGUGGUGGUGAUGAUGAUUACAAGUUCUGGUUCUAGUUCAUAUGCAUGCAGGGGAGUUUGGAUUUCGAGCUGUAUUGUGUAUGCAGUCAAGGAGGCUACAGAAGCAGUAAAAAAAAAAAUGCUGGUCUCUUCUCCCAACUUUUGGUAUGCAUGAAUCUGACAGAGGUACGAUAUUGAGACAUUUUUCACUUUUCUGCUAUAUGAACCAUGCUCUGACAUACUUCUUCAUUUUCUUCUCUGUCAUUUUGUUCAUGCAUAUGCUGUCAAGAUCAGUUGCUUCUCUCAUUCUUUCUAGAAAUUAAAUUAAAUUCAUUUCCCUGUAAAUUUCUGCCUCUUAUUUUCUGAAUCUUUUCCCUUUCUGUUUGCUAAAGCUUUCCUCCAUUUUGGGAAAAAAGAAAAAGAAGAAUAGAAGCUUACUUGAAUUCA